AUGCAAAUUAGAUGUACUUAAGCUGAUCAUCGAAAUCAAUAAAUAAUAGGGGUUUGCAUAGAUAUUACCUGCCAAAAUUAGAGACCCUAUUGUAAUUUUUGCUUGCCUUUCCAUGCCAAGCAUCUUUAAAUGUUAACCUCUUUGGAUCUUUUUAAUGAAUGGAUUUAGCAACGAAUAUUUAGAGUUAAAAAUGCUUAUAACAGUGUGCAAGAUCUCAAAAUUUCCCUUGAUAGACUGAUAACUUAGUUCUACCCAUAUUUCAAUUGUAAUGUUAAUUAAAUCCCUGAAUUUGGACUAUCAGAGAUUGAUAAAUUAAUAAAAGGCUUAUGUUAAAUAGAAGAUUGUGAAAAAGUAUUAUUUGUAUAGCUUAAACAAUCAACAGAAUAAGCAAUAUAGAUUAUAAACGAAAUAUUAAAAAAAAUGAAGUAUUCAUAAAAUAUUAAAGAAAAUACUAAUAAUUAAAUUUCUUAAAGCAUAGAUCAAUCGAUUUUAGAAUAACCAAAGCCUCUAUGUAAAUUAAAAACAAUAAAAUUUGAUCUCAUGAAUCAAAAUUCAAUUAAAUAAGGAGAUAAGUGUAGGGCAGUUGCUUUUAAUAAAGAUUGCUCAAUUGUGGCAGCGGGAUGUAACUGUUUAAUAAAGAUAUUUGAAUUCAAGCAAGGAAUCUCGAAAUAGGUGCAACUCUUAGAUCAACAUAAAAAUAGAGUGACUACUAUAAAUUUCAUGAAAAAAACUAAUUAGUUUAUAUCCGGAGAUUUUGAGGGAUCUAUUUUGAUUUGGGCAAAUCAUGAUAAUUAAUGGAUCUGUUCAUAAACAGCUAAACAACACAAUGAUCUUAUAAAUUGUUUAAUUAUGAAUAAUAAUGAAGAUAUUAUGAUAUCAAGCAGUGAAGAUAAAACUAUUAAGUUUUGGACUAAAAAAGAUUAAUGGAUGUGUUAAUAAACAAUAACAGAUCAUAAACAUUGGGUAUUUUAGUUAAGCUUAAAUGAAAAACAAAAUCAAGUUAUUUCUUGUGGAUGGGAUAAAUUAAUAUUAGUAAUUGAGUAUUCAGAAUAGUAUAAAAGGUGGGUGGUAUUAUAAAAUAUCAAAAUUGAUUGUGAAGGUGUACGAUUAUGUUUUAUCAACGACAAUCUUUUCACAUUUCAGCCUUAUUAAGGAAACUAAAUGCAUAUUUAUGAGAUGAAUAAGGAAAGAAACUAGUUUAUUAAAACUAAAAAUAUUACUGUAAAUCAAGGUGAGGAUGCUUUUGGAUUCUUCCAAUAAUAAUAUAUUAAAUCAAAACAGUUACUUGUGAGUAAACAUUAAAAUUUCAAUUUAAUAAGAAAGUAAGAAAAUGAUGAAUUUCUAGUUGAGUAAUCUAUUCAAUUGGGUAGUAAGGACUUUUAUGGGUAAAUGAGUGAUGAUGGAGAAUAUUUGAUUACUUGGGAUGCGUCAAGUAAAGAAAUAUAAAUUAGGAGAUGCAUUGAAGGAUGA